CCGCAGUCGGAAGGUUAGAGCCGCGGGAGCCCGGGAGGCGGUGGCGGCAGUCCAGGAAGGAACAGCAGCACCCGGGCUCUUCCUCUUGCAGAACUCACACGGUCUCUUGUAAAGAAAUUUGUAGUCAGAACUUUAUGCUGCAUUUUUAUUCAGGAAAGAAGCAGGAAGAGAACAGUGUCAUUUCCUAGGAAUCCAGCACUGGAGAAACGAGGAAGAUUCUUCCAAGGAUGGUCUCCCAUUCAGAGUUGAGGAAACUUUUCUGUUCAGCUGACGCAGUAUGCUUUGAUGUUGAUAGCACAGUCAUCAGAGAAGAAGGAAUUGAUGAGCUAGCCAAAUUCUGUGGAGUUGAGGAUGCUGUGUCAGAAAUGACACGGCGAGCCAUGGGUGGGGCAGUGCCUUUCAAGGCUGCUCUCACAGAGCGCUUAGCUCUGAUCCAGCCCUCCAGGGAACAGGUGCAAAGGCUCAUAGCAGAGCACCCCCCACACCUGACCCCGGGCAUAAGGGAGCUAGUAAGUCGCCUCCAAGAGCGAAAUGUUCAGGUUUUCCUAAUAUCUGGUGGCUUUAGGAGUAUUGUAGAGCAUGUUGCUUCAAAGCUCAAUAUCCCAUCAACCAAUGUUUUUGCCAAUAGGCUGAAAUUCUACUUUAAUGGUGAAUAUGCAGGUUUUGAUGAGCUGCAGCCAACAGCUGAAUCUGGUGGGAAAGGAAAAGUUAUUAAACUUUUAAAGGAAAAAUUUCAAUUUAAGAAAAUAGUCAUGAUUGGAGAUGGCGCCACAGACAUGGAAGCCUGCCCUCCUGCUGAUGUUUUCAUUGGAUUUGGAGGAAAUGUGAUCAGACAACAAGUAAAAGACAAUGCAGAAUGGUACAUCACUGAUUUUGUAGAGCUUUUGGGAGAACUGGAAGAAUAAUAUCAAUUUUAUACGGUUCAUAACAACUUCAGGUUAAUUUUUUAAAGUUACACAGUUUGAUACCGUUUGCUUACAAUUGCCUAUUACAACUUAAUGUAUAGAUUUGGUACUGAUUAUCUGUACUUCCAAGUAAACUAUGGAAAAUUGCUCUUUUUUAACUGCAGUCCCAGCAUUAAUAUGGCCAUUAAUUACCUGGAGAGUUUUAUAAUCUGAGUUCUUUAUGUAUUUUCCUAGCGAUAUUUUAUUUGAAACUUUUUAAAGGUGGAUAGUAAAUGAAACACCUUCCCUAUUGGAGAUAUGGGUUAGGCAGCUUUAAGUGAAUGUUGGUUUUCCCUUUGGUAGGUAAAUAAAAGUUCAUCCAUAUAUCAGUACAGAUUGGUGCCUUGUCACUUUCUGCCUAUCGUGUAUUUCAAUAUCAAGUAUUUCAAGCACUUUCAGUGUUUGAGUAGAAACAACCUCCAGGCCAGGAACCAAGGAGUUGGAGACCCCACCCUGCUCACAGGGCAUCCUGCUGGUCACCGCGCAGCCCCCACCAACCCUCACACUGGGCCAGA